AUGGCUCUCAAACCAAAGGAAUUUGCCAACAAGGAAAUGAUGUGCACCAUUUUUUAUGACAAAGAUCCCUUCGACGAUGACGAAGACAACCUCAAGAACGGCUUCGACAUCAUGGAAGGUCGCAUCAAGCCUCUCAGUACUGAUGUUCAGGACCUCCUCGAAGAGUCUGUCAGCACUUCCAUUCAGUCGGCCAAGGACUGCACUCUUGUUGUGACAAUCGGAGGCAAUCGAUACUGGAAACCGGAAGAAUUCAAAGCUUGGGUCAACACUUUCAAUCGUCACGGAAUGGUCAAGCGCAUCUCCACUGCUACUAACCAGUGCGUUGUCCUUCUAACCAAAGUAGACACUGCUAUCACCAUCCUCUUCUUUGGAAACAACAAAUUUGACGUGGUUGUCACCAAUGAAAGACUUGACGCAGCAGGUCGGCCACCUAAACCACUACACGAACUACCAUUCCACUCCCUCCCGCAAGAAGCGCUGAGGUGUCAUCGUCGAUAUGAUCCAACAAGCAACCACAACAACAUUAUCCACAAGCAGUCGGAGGCAAUGAUGAACUAG